AUGUCCAUCGAAAAUCUCAAGUCCUUCGACCCCUUCGCCGAAGCCGACGACGACACCGGUGAUAUCAAAAAGGUCGAGAACCACAUCCAUAUUCGCAUUCAACAGCGCAAUGGUCGCAAGUCUCUGACCACGGUUACUGGUCUUCCUGCUAAAUUUGACCCCGGCAAGAUUCUCACCUUCUUCAGGAAGGAAUUCGCUUGCAAUGGCAACAAGGUCAAUGAUGAAAAGGCCGGCGAGGUGAUCCAACUCCAGGGCGACCAACGCAAGAAGGUCAUGGAUUUCCUCGUUGACAAGAAGAACGGUCUCGGUCUCAACCCCGACAACAUCACCGUUCACGGUGCCUAA